AUGAAUAUUAAUCAAUCCCAAUAUAGUUUUGAGAAUGAGAAACUUAAAAUAAAAAUCAAAUAUCUUGAAGAUUUUAUUGAAAAUACAAAUAAUUAUGAGAAAACUAAUUAGCUCUUUGAUCUAAAACAAUUUCUAUCCAAAAAUUAUAAAAGAUUUAGCAUGCUUUUGGAUGAAAUAUACUAUCUAAAAUAAUAAGUUGAAGGAGAACAAAUGCAAAGAAUUAAUGAAGCAUAGAAAUUGUAGUCAGAAAUUAAUUAACUUAGAAUGACAACAAAUUCACUUUAACAAUAAUUAUCUUAAUCAUAACUAUAACUAUAAUCAUAAUAAUAAUAAUAACAAUAACAAAAAAUUGAUGAAAGUGAACAGGAUAUUUAUAGAGGAUCUCUCAAUCCAAUCUAAAGGUUAGAAUAAAUAGAAAAUCUUGAAAAUACUAUCAAAUAAUUAUCAGAUGAGGUAACUAAAUAAAUUUAAUUAGAUAGAGGAAAUUACUCAACUCAAUAUAAAAUAGAGAGAAUAGUUAAAAAAGAAAGACUUUUUUAGAGAAUAUGAAAUGAUGUGCAAAGAAACAGAAGGAUUGCGCUAAUAAAAUGCAAAAUUGUUAGAAUAAUUAAAAGCUUUCAAUUCUAACAGAACUAAUACCAAUCCAUAAAAUUAAGGAAACUUGAAUGGAUUUUGA